GGUGCGUGGCCAAGCACCAAUGUCCUUUAGCGGUCUGCUCCUUCGGUAACAUUUAAAAAAAUUUCACCAUUAAACUGUCACUUAUUCUGAAAACCAAAAAAUUCCACAUCUGAAAAACUGCUGGUCCCAAGCUUGUCGGAUAAAGAAGACUGAACGAACACUUUUACUGUCAAGGCAUUCCACUGGAACUCAGUGUAAACAAGAAAUUAAUGCUUCUGACAGUUUGAUUGCAGCAAUUUUAUGACAGCAACAACCAAAUAAGAGCAUUAAGAAUGGUUCCACAAAGAAUACAGCUUCUUCAGGUUCUUUUCAUUUGGAUGAUUUCAGGAGUAAAGACAGAUGGUCACAUUGCCCAGACUCUGCACAUUAAACGAGUGAAAAAUGGAUCCUCAGCUUUUCUAAAUUGUGAAUAUUCAUCCUCUCAAGGGACCAUUGUGGGCACUUACUUAAGGAGAAGUUUUUCCAAGCCCAUUGAUCUGAUCUAUUUCCACACAAAACAGGUUACAAAACACAAGUUAUAUGAACAUCGCCUUGACUGUAAAGGAACUGUGAAAAAUUUCACGGUAACCCUUCAUCACUUUCAGGAAAGUGACAGAGACAUUUACUAUUGUGUUUUUGGAAUACGAAAUCAAACAUCUGUAAAUGAUAGAAUUGUACAAGAGACAGUGUUAGUAUCAGAAUCCAGGAUGAAAGACUGUAAAGCUGAUUGUGGAGAAACAAUAAAUUGUAGAGAAUUUUCAUAUAAGGAUCCAAUUGUGAUUGGUGUGAUUGUCGUUGCAACAGUGGCUAUUAUUUGUGCUUUGGUUUUGAUAUUUUGGCAUGCAAGGAAAAGAUGCCAACCUGAAAUGCCAACACAUGGGAGAGCUCCAAACUCAGUUUAUGAGGACAUGAACCUAAUCCGAACCCAAAGUGUGGGACGUUAGUUUUCAGAUGAACUGUGUUGUCUUCACAUCAGGUACUCAUCAAAAAUUUUAGCUAUCAAAAUGGAAAAUCUUUCUUCGUGGGUAAGGAACUAUUAGCUCUGUUUUGUGGACAAAGAACAUUGACUGAUUUAGUUUUGUUAAUCUUUAUACUGAGGCAACAAAUGUAGCUAAUAAAAGUUGACAUCUUGUUA